CCAUAGUAUACGCUUGCCUGUAUAAUUUCGUGUUCAGAAAAAAAAUACUUUCAAAAGAUUAGUAUUGUACGUCGACGGAUUAAUCCAGAUUAACAGUCAGAUUAACCGUUAUUUAUAUUUGUGCAAGUGCGCCAAGGCGUCCAAAUCGCCAUGAUACUGUAGACCUAUAUACAGAAAGGUUUUUACGACGAUGACGAGUGAUUUUGACAAGUACCUGUUGGUUGGUGUCAUCGUUGGAUCAACAAUGUUAGUGAUCUGCACAUGGCUCAUUGUGGAUUUCUGUAUGUUUCAUCGAGAGAAAGUGAAUCAUAGGAAAAAGAAAACAGGACUCUUCUACAGUAAGAAAACCAAAAGAUUGCAAAUGCACCAUGCAUCAAUAUAUUUACCAGCGCCUGCGCCCGAUGACCCUCCUCAGGAAAAUUCAUCGGACCCUUCGUCAAAAUCUCCAAGAUGUUUAUCGCCAAUUCAAAGGUCUUCAUCUCCGUCAGCAGCCAAUACACUCUCUCCACUUCAAAACAAGAUUAAAAAAAAACUUCGAACGCAAGCAAAAGGCGGUCAUUCGCCCAGAAACCUGCAAAAAAAAUCGUCCAAUGAAAAGGGCUCUUUCAAACUCUCUGAUACUGAAGAAUCAGAAUUGUUUCCAGUAAUCAACGAUGGCAGUGUUCCAGAAAAAGAAAGCUUAUAAAAUGUCGUCAAACACUAAAUGACUGUAGAGUUCCCAUUCAAAAAUAAUUAAAUACUUGAUCUUUUA